CAACAACAACAACAACAACAACAACAACAACAACAACAACAGGAUGUAUCGUCUUACAAUCGGCGAUCUUCUGGACCGCUUCAAGAAAGGAACCCUGACGUGUGAAGCGUAUACUAAGCGGAUGAUCCAGCGGGCUGAGGACCUGGUUAUCUUCAACUACUUCGUCUCCAUGGAUACAGAGCGGAUGUUGCAGAAAGCCAAGGAGGCAGAUGCCAGGUAUCAGAGCAAGACCAAUCGACCUCUUGAAGGAAUCCUAAUCGCCUUAAAGGAUAACAUCGACGUAGAAGGAGAGGCGACUGGAGCUUGUACUCCGGGUCUAGCUGGUCUCAAACCCAAGCACACAGCUGAGGUUGCUAAGCGGCUUUUUGAUGCAGGAGCAAUCCACGCUGGCAGGACCAACAUGCACGAACUAGCGUUUGGAAUAUCGACUAUCAAUACGUACACGGGAUCCUGCCACAACUUUCACAACUUCGACUACACGUGCGGGGGGAGUAGCGGUGGAAGUGCAGGGGCAGUCGCCGCUAAUAUCGUCCCAGCUGCCCUUGGCACCGACACCGGUGGAUCGGUUCGUAUCCCAGCAUCAUACAGCGGCGUGUUCGGUCUGCGUCCAACCAUAGGGCGUUGGCCGGCUGACUACGGCGUCAAGCUAACCGAUCUAAAAGACUCGGUCGGUCCUCUUGCGAGGAGCGCCGAUGACAUCGCAAUAUUGGAUCACGUGAUGACCGGGGAAGCCCCUCACGAGGAACUGCCACCUGCUAAGAUCAGAAUCGGAGUGGCGAGACCUUACUACUGGGAAAAUCUAGACCCCGAGGUCGAAGGCCAUGCCGAGAGAUUCCUAAAGGAUCUGAAGCAGGAAGGGUUUGUGGUGGUCGACAGGGGAGAAAUCCCGGGGUUGGGUGAAAUGUUUGACAAGUUUCACUACCCAACUCUGGAGCACGAGGUGCUACCGAGACUAGAUGAGUACCUCAAGCAUCAUAACCACGAAGUGACUGUUGCAGAAGUCAUUGAAAAAAUCGCCUCUCCGCAAGUCAAAGCCUACUUUCAAGACAUGGUGAGGACCUGCCCCAGUGACGUCACCAUCCAGGCAGCGAUGGUAGCCAGGAACAAGCUCAGAGGGCACAUGAGGGCGUACUUCGAUACAAACCAACUCGACUGUAUCAUCAUGCCGGCCAACAAGAUCCCGCCACCCACACUCGACACCUUCAGAGACAACAAUUCAAAUCUGAGAAAGCAAAUUGUUCUGAACAACGACUCGGGUAGUAUUUGCAACAACCCAUCUCUUGUGAUUCCGGGUGGGCGUGUCAGAGGGAGUGGGGUGCCCUUUGGAAUGCAGAUUGAAGGCCUCACUGGGAAUGAUAGGCGUCUCAUCGCAGUUGCAAGGGCGAUCGAAAAAGCUCUUAAGCUGUAGACUGUUUAACCUUAUAAAGACAAAGGACCACAAAAGGAGUUGAACUUCCCGGGCUAUUUGAGCCUAUUACAUCAGGCAUGUCUCCUGGGCCCAAUGUCAUGGCCCUGCUUACCGCCGAAUUCUGCGCUUAAUUGCG